UGUUAUUGUCUCAGACGUAACUUCAUUCUAUAGAUUCUAUGUUUUGAGGUUGUAAGCACACUUCGCGCGGGCCUACAGUUGUGAGAGAAGCGUUGUAGUACCAAGCCCCACGGCCCAAGCCCAGUCAAGUCAGUACCUCCGCCAUUGCGCCCGCGGGCCGCCGCGUUUCCCGCGUAUUCUACCACAGACAACACAUACUAUCCCGAAUCUUUACGCGCAAAGAUGAGUUGGUUGUAUCUUCUCCUGGCGGUUGCCGUUGCGAAGGCACAAGAAACAUGUUUGUCCGUACAGGACGACCCGUACCUCCUGUUCGCCACCAAGACCGCUUACAUCUUCGCCAACAAGGAUAUACCGUUCACAAAGGCUCACGAAGUUCCUGGUUGCCAACCCAUCGCAUUCUGGCUUCUCAACCGGCAUGGAUCACACAACCCUGAAGCAGACGAAAUAUCUGAACUCCAGAAGCUUGGUGACUUGAAAGCCAACAUUCUCACAAACUAUAAAAACAACAACUUUAGGAACACUAAUCAACGCAUCUGUUCAUCGGAUCUCAGUAUCUUGGAAAGCUGGAUGUGGAACAACCGGGUGAACCAGACCUUCGCGGGAGACCUCACAGUGGAUGGCUACAUGACGACGCAGCAGCUAGCACAGUCGUGGAAGCAAAAGUUUCCUGGUCUUCUUACUUCAAAUCAACAUAACUAUUUAUUCAAGUUCGUGAACGAUCAACGCUCAAGCAAUACUUUCAAGGCUUUCACGGAAGGUCUGUUUGGAGACCAGGCGGAAGGCUUAGACAUACCUAAGGAACAUGAUGAAAAACUGUUGGAGCCGUACAAAUACUGCCCAGCAUGGUCGAAGGAGGUUGGCGACAACAACGAGUCAUUAUCGCAGCGAAAUAUCUUUGAAUCCAAGAUGGAAUAUAAAGAGAUGAUCAGCAACAUCUCGCUGCGGCUGGGCUUCAACUACGACAUCCAGAAAGAGAUCAUCCAGCGCAUGUACCAGAUGUGCCGCUACAACAAGGCCUGGGACGUCGUCAAGAUAUCGCCUUGGUGCGCUGCUUUUACUCGCGAAGACUUGAAGCGUCUGGAAUACGCGGAAGAUUUAGAAAUGUACUACAAGUACGGAUAUGGCUCUUCUCUGAACAAAGACCUCGGAUGCACUCUCGUCAAGGAUAUGAUGACUUUUUUCGAGAAACAUGCUGCCAGUGACGAGCCGCAACAGCCUCGCGUUAAGAUCCAGUUCUCUGAAGCUAACCUCCUGCUGCUGGCGCUGACCGCGCUGGGCGCGCACCGGGACGCGGCGCCGCUCACCGGCGACAACUACCACACGGCCACCGGACAGAGCAGGAAGUGGGCCACGUCCACCAUGACCCCGUUUAAUGCUAACUUUGCUGGGGUGCUGUAUAAAUGUACCCAGAACGGAAACUUCCAAGUCAACGAGCAGUACCAAGUGUUGUUCCUAGAGAACGAAAGACCAAUGCGCCUCGAAGGCUGCAGGGUCGGGCUCUGCGACCUCUCCCUAGUCAAAAACAAACUAGGAGAAAUCACGAAGAACUGUGACCUCAACUUCUGCAAUUCCGCCAACAGGUUAAACAGCUACACUUUAAUAUUUGUUGCCAUUUCCUUCUUUUUAAGUGCUGUGAUCAGGAUAUAAGGCUUUUGAUACAAAAGCUUGCAUUUAGACGUAACCAAAGGUGUAAUUUGUUACAUAAAAACAGUUUUCAAUAAGGGAUUUGAAGUUUUUGUCGCUUGAGUAUUUUUAGAACAUUGAUUAAUUUUUAUCUUUGGGGUAAGUUAAAUUAUCUUCGACGUUUUGAAUAACAAUUGUAGAGCGACAUCGACUUUAAUUCUUAAUUGUUCAUAGUUCAAUAGUUACACAUUAUAGUUACUUACAUUUUGUAAUAGACAUUGGAACUUACGCAUAUUUUUCCGUUUGUGCACAGUUGCCAAGUCACGUCAUUAAUAUUUCUUGUUGUUUUCCUGUUAAACUUAUAAAGCUAUGUAAUCCAGUGUAGCAUUUAGCUUAGAGGCAGAUACUUUAAAUAAACUGUAGAGUAUUUUAUCUAUCAAGUUAGGAGCAUAUGAGAGGUGAUAGCCUCUUAUGCGGUAUCCAUGUACAGUUAAGUCUAGUUUCCACAUCUGCAAUAGAGGUGCUAACGGGCCCAUGUUAGUAAAUCAAGAAAUUACGUAUGUAAAAUAUCCUGGACACAAAUCACUGUUUACACUAAUGAAUUUUAUUUUAGGCAUACCACCUAAUUUUUAUGUUAUUUUGACGUUAUUUAAGAACUUGAAAUCACUUACUAGGAAAGUAGAAGUACCUAUUUUUUUCAAUUUCGUUUUAGACUGUACUUCAGCACUAGUCCUUGAUCUGUUUGUAUAUUAUGUAUCCAUAAAUCAUGUUUCAGGUGGAUCUUUUGCAGUUUUAAAAUCUUUAAUCAAUAGCCAUAAUAUACAAUUUGAUGUUUUUUAUAUGUCACUUUGUGUCGAAUAAUGUACACUUAUGUACACGUAUACUAUUACCGUAAUUCAAAGUAUUGAUACUGGUGAGUGGAAUAAAAAGAUUUUUAAAUUCAUUUCCAUAAAGAUACGUUGAAAGUUUUCACAUAGUCUAGUUCUAGUUCCUGCUUUUAUUAUACCAUAUAUCACUAUUUAGUGUUUGGUAAUGUUGCCAAUUUAUCUUUAAAUGAAUUCCAUAACGUCUUGUUAUCCACCUUUUAUAAGAAUUACGGUACAUAUAUUUAUAACUAAGUAGUUAUUACAUAUUUAUGAGAAUAUGAUCAAGAAUCUAAUAUUUACUGCUUGAAUCUCUUUAGUACUUACAGAUAUAAUAAUAUGUAUAAGCACAAAGUAUUUACAGUUGUUGAUAUAACGCUUAAUGUUGAUGUUUGUCUCUUUGAGAAUAUAAUUGUUGUUGUAACUCGCACCAAAUAGAACUAUGUAAUAGUUGAAAUAAAAUGUUUUAUGUAGA